AUGAAAGCAAGAUACUUCCCAAACUCCAAUUUCUUGAAAGCAAAGAAAGGUUCUCGGCCUUCUUGGGUAUGGAACAGCCUUUUAGCAGGUCGUGAGACGAUAAGUGAGCAUGCUCUGUGGCAGAUUAAUAGUGAAAAAAAUGUGGAUGUUUGGACCGAUAGAUGGGUUCCGAAUUCUAAUUGGGGACUGAUCAAACCUAUUAUUACCUCUAAUCGCUUCACUGCCUUGGCUGUGGCUGAUGUAAUUAAUGAGGAUAGAAAUUGGAAUAUUUCUCACAUUGAGCCAUUUUUGGAGGAAAAUGAUAUCACAACAAUCAAGGCUAUUCCAAUUGGAAAUGCAGCUGAUGAUGAUGCAUUGGUGUGGCCUUAUACAAAGUCGGGAAACUAUUCUGUAAAAAGUGGCUAUCAUAAGCUUUUCGAAUUCCAGAAGAAGCCGCAUGUAAGCUACACUCCUGACAGGGGAAGGAUUUCUCAUCUUGAGGAGUGGUUGUUGGAAAUUCAUAAGAAUGUUGGGGCUAGCCUCUUUCGGUCUCACAAUUCGGCUGUAGAAGCUGAGGCUGAGGCGCUUCUUUGUGGUGUCAAAAUGGCGGUGGUUCUGAAAUUGGAGCAUAUUAUUGUCGAAGGAGAUUGUUAG